CUCGCUUCGGUCUUACAAUCUUGAUCACACUUGUUGCUUGCUUUAGCAACACUCUUUAUUUGAGCACACACUUGUUUGCUCUCUUGCUUUCUUACUUACUUGCUUGCUUACUUGGUUUAAUACUUACUUAGUUACAACUAAAAUGGACCACCUCUAUUUAUAGGAGGUGAUAGAAGAAUCUAGUGAUAUACAUACUACUCUAUACUAGAAUAUUUCUAGCUAUUUUUUUCUAGAACUACCUUUUCUAGAACAUUUUUAGACUAUUCUCUCUAGAAUACUCAUUCUAGAGAUCUUCCUUCAAUUCUCUACAACUCCGAAAUAUUCUAGAUUUCUUGAUUUAUCUUGAGUAAAUAAUUAAGUUGGUGAUGAAUUCUUAAUACUCCCCCUAAACACCAACUUAAUUUUUUCUUUGCGUUUGUUGUGAGCGGUUCCUGAAACCUUGCAAGCAUCAUGACGUCCAUGCCCUUUGAGGAUCUCCACUUUCGUUGGAUUAUUUUGAUCCCUACUCUUUGAAGCUUCUUCAAAGGUAGUAGCCUCUUUGAUGUUAACCACCUCAUUAAUGCUGCAUCUAUGUACUUGGUGUUUGGACGCUUCAGUCGAGUAGACCUCCUCAGUUGCCAUUGUGACCCUUUUUGGACUUCUUCUUCUUGCAACUCGUCUGGUGUUUCACAAGCUCCAGUUUGCCAUAAGCUUUUCUUUUCCUUUUGUGGAGAUACCUCCUGGUUAGUUUCAAUCUUGUUCCCUUGUUCUACUUCGUUGAGCUUAUCUUGCAGCUUUUGCUCAAGAGCUAUCGAGUCUGGCAGGGAGACUUCUUUGGACCACCAAGAUGACGCUUCGUCAAAUACCACAUUUCUUGACACAUAUGUCCGAUUAGUGACAAGGUCACAACACUUCUAUCCUUCUAUUUGUUCGUCGUAUCCAACAAAGAUGCACCGAACAACUUUCUUAUCAAAUUUGCUGCGGAGAUGAUUUGGCACGAACACAUAGCACACAUAACCAAAAACUCGAAAGUGACUUACAAUAGGGAUCAUUUUUUUAAGUUUUUCAAAUGGUGAGAUGAAUCUCAAUCUUUCCUGCUGCAGCCUGUUGGUGAUGUGGACAAUAGUUUUCAUGCAUUCUGUCCAAAACCUUGCUGGUACAUUCAUACUAUGUAGCAUACUUUUGCAUAUCUCUGCCAAAUGUCUAUUUUUUCUUUCAGCCACUCCAUUUUGUUGUGGCGUAUUCGGGCAAGUUAACAGUCGUCUUAUCAUCUACUUUUUAAGAUAAUCAUUGAACUCUCGUGACGUGUAUUCUCCCCCAUUGUCCGUACGGAGACAUUUGAUUUUUCUUCCAGUAUCAUUCUCCACAUUAUGUUGGAACCCUUUAAACUUCUCAAAUACUUCUCAUUUCUCUUUUAAUUAGUAAAUCCAUACGUACCAUGAGAAGUCAUCAAUGAAUGCUACCAUGUAACGGUAACCACUGAUGGAGGACUGCUUCACUGGUCCAAACACGUCUGAGUGUACUAGCUCCAAUUGCUUCUUUGCUUGAUACUUUGAUUCUUCAUAGGGAAGUUGAUGUGCUUUCCCAUAUUGACAUCUAACACAUAUAGUGUCUCCUAUAAUCUCAAGUUUGGGAAGACCUUUUAAUUUUGAUUGCUGCAUCAUGAUUUUUAGUUUGUUGUAGCACAUGUGCCCAAGACGUGUAUGCCACAGAUCAGCUGUUUCAUUACUUCGAGUUUUCUCAACAUAAGUUGUCUCGGCUGACAUGACGUAGAUUGAUUCUAACCUUUUUCCUUCCAUGAUUGGUGUGCUUGUAACUUUUAAGUUUCGAUAUACUUUUAUGUCAUUUGGCCCAAACAAGACAUAAUUACCAGAAUCUGUUAGUUGCGAUACAUAUAAUAAGUUUUUCUUCAUACCUGGAACAUGGUAGAUAUUUUGAAGUUCCACUUGCCUCGAGCUAUUAUGAGACACAAACACCGUCUUGCCAAUAUGCGUUAUUGGCAUUUUUGAAUUAUUUGCAGUUACCAUUACUUAACCGUCUUUACAUUCACUCAUGUUAAUGAGAUUUUUCUCAUCACCAGUCAUGUGAUUGGAAUAUCCUGAAUCAACGAUCCAAUAAUGUUCAUAAUCGACCAAUUUCUCAUUUACAAUUGCAAGUGCAAUCUCUUCUUCUUUGUUAGGGUGACACAUGACAAGAUCCUCUUGUUGAUUAGUUUCUUCAACUGUAUAAGAGGUCUCGAAAUCCCAAAUUUCUUCAUCUUUCUUGUUUUGAGUAGAAUUAUCUACAUUACCUUCAGCUUUCCUGUACAGUAGUCCUAGCAUAGUGUCCUUUCUUUCCACAAUUGUAGCAUUUCUCCAUUUUUCGGUUGUUGAAGCCUUUCGCCUGCUUGUUUUGCCGUUGAGUUCUUUGAUGUUGAUUCUUUUUCUCUCUCCCUGGCCGCGAGCUUCUCUUUUUUUGAAAGUCUUGCCUUUUGUUGAAAAGCGCCUUAUCUUCGUCUUUAUAGUGACACUUUAUAAUGGCUUCUCCAAAUCUUCUUCACUUGCCAACAAAUUUUCCAACUCAGAUAAAGUUGGUUCUGUGGCCCAUCCCCAUGUAGCUGUAAUUAUGCCUUUGUAUUCCGGCCUUAGACCAUGAACAAUGAUUCUCCUCAUUCUCGUCUCUGUGAUAGCAUUCUCUGAAUCUAAUUUUGAUAUUUCAUCAGAUAAAGAUUUUACCUUUGAGAAGUAUUGACUGAUCGUCAUAUUCCGUUGAGAGAUCGACAAAAGCUCAUUUUCAAGUCUUUGUAAUCUUGCAUCAUUUUUCUUUGUAAAAAUCGAUGUCAAGGUUUCCCAAUCUUCUUGGGGUGCCUUGGCAUUCUUAAUUUGUUGUAGGAACUCAUCCUCGGUGGUUACAGUGAGAGCAUACAUGGCCUUUCCAACUUUGACCUUCUACCUUUUUGCUGCUUCAACAUCUGUUGGUGGUGUGGUGUUUGAUCCACUGAUGAUAUCCCAUAAUUCUUGGCCGAGAAAGUAAUAAUGCAUUCUCUGCUCCAUGAUCCGUAGUUGCUUGUGUUGAGCUUCUCAACGCUAUUGAGAGUGCUUGCGAAAUCUGCCAUUGAUAAGUGCCUCACGACUUGUAGCCUCUGACAAUAGCUUCUAAGAUUUUCUUUACUACCUCGCUCUUAUCCACCAGGCUCUGAUACCACUUGUUAAAUAUUGUUUGAGACGAUGGACACAAUUGACUUCUCACAACUUGAUUUUAUUAUAUCAAAGUAAGGACCCGCUUCAGUCUUACAAUCUUGAUCACACUUGUUGCUUGCUUCAGCAACACUCUUUACUUGAGCACACACUUGUUUGAUCGCUUGCUUUCUUACUUACUUGCUUGCUUACUUGGUUUGUUACUUAGUUACAACUCAAAUGGACCACCUCUAUUUAUAGGAGGUGAUGGAAGAAUCUAUAGAGAUACAUACUACUCUCUUCUAGAAUAUUUCUAGCUAUCUUUUUCUAGAACUACCUUUUCUAUAACAUUUUAAGACUAUUCUCUCUAGAAUACUCAUUCUAGAGAUCUUCCUUCCAUUCUCUACAACUCCGAAAUAUUCUAGAUUUUUCUUGAUUUAUCUUACUUAAAUAAUUAAGUUGGUGAUAAAUUCUUAACAAUGGUAAUGAUCUUUAUACUCAAAUUUGACCUAAUUAUGUAUCUUUUUCUUUUAGCGAACGAGUUUUCACCAUUGAUUUGUUUAAUUGUAUCAUUGAGAACUAAUCAAAAUGUGUGUACUGGUUUUACUUUAAGCAUGAAAUACUAAUAUGUACUGUGGAGUGUUGCUAUUAAUUUGGUCUAGAAUAGUUUAUGAUUUUUUAUAUUCACAAUAUCAUUUUUUAUUAAUAAAGUACAUUUAUGUAUGUAAUGUCUACAAUAAUUACAACAUAGCUAGUGUAGUCGCACAAGUGGGGUCUGAGGAGGGUAGGAUGUACGCGGACCUUAGUUCUAUCUUUGCGGGGCAGAAAGGUUCUUUUCAAUACAUCCUUAGCUCAAACGAGAAGGUAAUCAAAGCAAGGUUGCAAGGAAAUAUGACAACAAAAAUAUCAGGAUAGAAAGAAAGCAAAUGAAGCAAUAGAUUGUAGAACACCUUGGAGCAUAGGAAACUACGUGAUUACUAGAUACUACUACUAAUAAGGCUAUUGGGGGGGUGGGGGAUGUGGCUAGCGCUUGUCUCUCCCAUCUAAAAAUAGGGGACAACACUUGGCUAUAUACUAGCAUUCUACCCUAAUUCUUGACUUCCACACCUUUCUAUUUAUGUCCUCAGUAAUUUGGAGUUAUGUCAUAUCCUGUCUAAUCACUUCCCCCAUCCCAGUUUUUCUUCAGCCUACCUCUACCUCUUUUCUUCUCUCAAUUUCUCAAUUUGCCCGUCCCCUUGUCAAAUCUUUUUCAUCUACGGACGUCACGUCACUCUUUGCCUUUUCAUCAACAAGGUGGGGAACAAAACAAUCCUCUUCUUCUUCUUCCCCCAUUUACGUAGCUGCUGUGGAAACCCUAGAAUUAAUCCUGAUGGAAUUGAGCUUUGUUCCUCUUCUUCAAUUGGUUGUUGAAUCUGAUGCGUGAAUUGGUUCGAUCUAUUGCUUCGAGGUCGGUCGAAAUUUUCGAUUGGCGGAGUCUAAAAUGGAAAAUCAAUUACAAUUGGCCUUGACCAGUCCUACUACGCCGUUCUCGAGCUUGUUCGACUCGCAGAAGGAAAUUCUCAAUAGCCAGAUUUAUCAGCUCCAAAACAUCAUUGUACAACAAUGUAACCUCACUGGCGUCAAUCCCCUCUCUCAAGAGAUGGCUGCAGGAUCUCUUUCAAUAAAAAUUGGCAAAAGGCCAAGGGAUCUCCUAAACCCCAAGGCAAUCAAGUAUAUGCAAUCUAUUUUCUCUGUCAAAGACGCAAUCAACAAGAAGGAAAUGCGUGAAAUUAGUGCUCUUUUUGGUGUCACAGUCACACAGGUUCGGGACUUCUUUACAGCUCAGCGCACAAGAGUUAGAAAGUUCCUGAGGUUGUCUAGAGAGAAGCCUAUCAUAACCAAUAUAUCUAUUGAAGGGCCUUGUCUGAUCCCAUUAAGUUCUGAUCCUAGUUCACAAACAGAACCAGUUCCCCUAGACAGUGCGGUACCAACCUGUACAGAGGAGGGGCCAUCUUAUUUGACACAAGAUGAGGUCCUAACUGCCAUAGAGGAGAGGGAUAGGCAUUUUGUUGAUAAUAUCCUUACUUUAAUGUGUAAGGAAGAAACCUUUUCUGGGAGGGUUAAGCUGAUGGACUGGAUCUUGGAAGUACAAAACCCCUCUGUGCUAUAUUGGUUUUUAACUAAAGGGGGUGUAAUGAUCUUAUCUGCAUGGUUGAGUGAAGCAGCUGGAGAAGAGCAAACCAGCGUUCUUCAUCUCAUCCUGAAGGUACUCUGCCAUCUUCCUUUACACAAAGCAUUUCCUGGACAUAUGUCUGCUAUACUGCAGAGUGUUAACAGUCUGCGAUUUUAUCGGACUCCAGAUAUCUCAGACAGGGCAAGUAUUUUGCUUGCAAGAUGGAGCAACAUAUUUGCAAAGAGCCAGGCUAUGAAGAAACGUAAUGGGGUUAAAUCUGCUAGUGAUAUGCAUGAUGAGUUGUUAUUGCAGCAGAGCAUUAGCGAAGUUGUGGGUAACGAAGUAUGGAACUCAAAAAUUGAGGACGUUGAAGAAGCUCGUGCAAACCUCUGUGGGACUUCAGAGAAUUCAAGGAAUUUGGAUUCUCCACAUCCAGUUAAAUUGCUUAUGGCAUCUUCAGAUGACUCUAACAAGAGGCUUAAAGGAGCUUUGGUGACUAAAACUCGAGAGCGCAGAAAAGUUCAGCUAAUGGAACAACCAAGCCAAAGAACAACGGGAAGGAGCCUAGGAAGACCAGCACCUGCAACUCAAGGCCGCCCACUCUCAGCAGAUGAUAUCCAAAAAGCAAAAAUGCGUGAACAGUUUAUGCAGAGUAAAUAUGGGAAAACUAAUAAUGAUGAGAGUUCUUGGGUGAAGCCUCAAGCUCCAAAUGGAAUUACCUCUUCACCAAAUGGUAUCUUGCUUGGAGCUCCAAAAUUGCAAGAUUGGCCUAAAGUUGAGGAAUGUGAGAAGCUCAAUAGUGUUGCCUCUAAAGGGACCAGUCAGCUUGAAAAUCAUCUCAAGUUGAGUUUUGACGUAGAGGAACCUCCAUCGAAAAGGUGCAAGAAAAUGCAGAUCCCUUGGCGGAAACCACCAGGGUUGCAGCUCAGCUAUGCAUGGAAGGUUUGUGCAGGGGGUGAGAGUAAAGAAGUCGACGUUCAGAAUAGGAGAGUCCGUCGAGAGACGGAAGCCAUUUACAGGACAGUCCAGGAAAUCCCAUUGAACCCCAAGGAGCCUUGGGAUCCUGAAAUGGAGCCUGAUGACACAUUAACCACCGAACUCCCGCUUGUGCAAUUACCAGAUGCGGAAGGUGCUGAAACAGGUGUUUUGCCGCAGGAGGACAGAAAAACUGAAGCUGCUGCAUUGGCUAGUACGUCAAAUGGCAUUGCAACUACAGCAAAACCUGAUUUAGAGUUGCUUGCUAUACUGCUAAAACAUCCAGGGCUGGUUUAUGAUUUGACGUCUGGCCAAGGUGGAAACUUGCCCAGUGAGCAAAUUGUAAAGCUGCUUGAUUCGAUCAAAGCCAAUGAGAGGAAUUCACUGAGCAUUCAAACAAGUUUAGCCAGAGACGCUGAGAAGAAAGUUGAAGUUCCUCUUCCAUCCCUUACUCUUUCCAGUGAUCCUGGAACGAGUGGAUUGUCAAUGCAGAACUUUGUUAAAAAUCCUUUCUCACAGAGAAGUUCAAUGGUGGUUCCAGAAGCAAAUGAUGUGCCCCAACACGCGGUGUUGGUCCAUUCACAGGAAACUCAUCAAGCUAGCAGUUUGGUGCAUCAGCAGAUGCCCCUUGUGCCACAAUUGGCCCAACAGUUGGCACUGCUUCAAGCAGCUGCAGGGGCUUAUGGUGUGCCCCAACACGCCCCGUUGGUCCAUUCACAGGAAAUUCAUCAAGCUAGCAGUUUUGUGCAUCAGCAGAUGCCCCUUGCGCCACAAUUGGCCCAACAGUUGGCACUGCUUCAAGCAGCUGCAGGGGCUUAUGGUGUGCCCCAACACGCCCCGUUGGUCCAUUCACAGGAAAUUCAUCAAGCUAGCAGUUUUGUGCAUCAGCAGAUGCCCCUUGCGCCACAAUUGGCCCAACAGUCUGCACUGCUUCAGGAAGCUGCAGGGUCUUAUGGAAAUGAUCAUCGACCAUCUCCACUAAAUCCUAGUAUAAACCAGACAGUCCUUGCAAAUCCUAUGCAUUCACAAUUAUCCGCCGCCUCAGAAUCAGCAGUAAAUAGAAAUAAUUACUCUUUCUCUGGAUUGGCGGAAUACAAUCAACAGAGUGCCACUGCAGCAGCAAGAAUCCAAGGUGUAACAUAUGGUAAUAUUCGAUCUUCACAAAUGCCUAUAGCUAAUAUACAACAAAGAACUAUUAGCCUACAUGCACCUCAGAUGUCACCACAAAGGCCACAACUACAAACACAGAGGCAACCUGCAUAUGCACCUGAACAUAUGUGGGGGACUAUACCGGGAUCUGCUUUAAAUCGAGGUUAUCCAGAAAAUGCCAUUCCUAACCAUUAUAAUCCACAUGUUGCCGGGCAUGUAGAACCAGGAUUACAACAGGCUGCAUGGAGAGGAAACAACAACUAUGGCGAGGGAGCUGGGUUUGAAUCUUGGAGUCUUGAUAAUAGACCUGUUAGGCGUCAGGAACAGGUAGCAAGAUGGAACUACGCAGAACCUCAGAUGAAUAUGAGAGACCGCUACAGACCUGAUUGGUCUGCAUCCCGUGAUCCUGGGCAUUAUUCUGGUUAUCGUGGUCGUGCCGAUGGUGCGAGUAGGAGGCGGGGUGACAGGAGAAGGAGAAGAUAACCGUCAAACGCCUGGCCAUUUGAUUCUUUUGACGAGAGAUUCGUUAGUGUUUACAUCAGAGUAGAACGUUCUCAGAGAGGGGGUUGCAUUUUGCAACAUGAAAUGGUUGUAAACUUGUAUUGUCAGCAUGUCACAUUACUUUAUUUUGUUUCUCAAUUGAUACCUGUCAACAGCAAAAUAGAAAAUGGGAACUCAGUUCACUUGGGAUCAUGCCAAGAAUCUUUUAGAAAAAAAAGAAGAAAUUUAUCCUA